AAGUGACUACUUUCAGGCGUCAGAGAAUGGCUGGAAGCACUGGAGUGUUGCUGCAUUUUUCCACAUUAACGCAUUAAAGAGAGAAUUCAAUGAAACUCAAAGUCUCUCUCACCUGGUGUUCCUGGCUCGCCAGGUAGGUGCCUCUGACCAAAAAAUAAAUUAUUUUCCAAAAGGCCAUCAAUGGUGCACCACGGAGGUGGCGGUGGUGAGCGAGUAUGUGCAUCUUACAUUGGUGAUGGUGAUAGUGAAAUAGUUACUCAUACAGCACAGCCACGCCCCGUCAUCAUCAAUGUAGCCAGAGUGUUGUCAGCGUCAGCCGUACACUGCGUCCUCCUUGGUCAGGUUCGUCGGUUGUCGAGGUGCACGGUGGUGGUGGUGGUGAGUCACGACCCGGGCUUCCUCUCCGCCUUCGCCGAGUGGUCCUUGAGGGGCCGGCUGCUGGCGUGGUCUACCAGGCUGGUGGUGGUGACCCGCCUGGCCCUCCCGCAGCUCCGGGCCCUCCUGCCCGCCCACUGGACCUUCGCCAUGAUGAACGCGAUCGUCCUCAACGUGGAGGACGCUUCUUCUAGUUUCCAGGUGUUCAGCUACCUGCCGUACAGCCCAUCCGGGCCGCAGGUGGUACAAGUGGCCUCCUGGACAUCCUCACGUGGGUUCGUCCUCACCGAGGGUUGCACACUUUUCAAAGAUAAGUUUUUGAAUUUUUACGGUGCCCGCGUGAACGUGACGGCCUUGCCCUACGCACCAUUCUGGGAGGAGCGAGCGGGGCCCAACAACAUCACCGUGUACUCCGGCACCGACUACAACACCCUGGCGUCCAUCGCCCAGGCCCUCAACUUUACCGUCAGUGUGGUGCCCACCUCGUCCUGGUCCGAGGUGACUCGCCUGGUGGAACAGCGGGUGGCCUUCAUGGCUCCAGUGGUUUUCAACGUUAUGCCCCAUCGCCUGGAACGCUACGACUUUUCCUUCGUGUACGAGUACGUGUCCAUGGACUUCAGUAUGGCGCCGCCCGGUCUGCGGCCUCAGUGGAAGGCCCUCUACUACCCGCUGUCCGGGCACGUCUGGUUGGCCAUACUCCUCUCUCUGCUCCUCGUGCCUUGUGUUCUACUUUUUGUGUCUGGAGUGCUGAGUGACAAGCGUUCUGGUAGCGGAGGCUCCGAGCGAGAUUAUGGGGCGGUGGUUCAGGGCGUGGCGGGGAUGCUGCUGGGCCAGAGCCUCGCACUCCGGCUGUCUGGCACUUCCUCCACCCGCAUCCUGGUGGCCGUCUGGAUCGUGGUUUCGAUAAUUUUCGUGUCUGCUUAUCAAGGCAACCUGACGGCCUCCUUGACGCUGCCUAAGUAUCCUUCCCGUCCAGAAACGCUGCCACAGCUUGUCAACGCCGUGAAAAGGCUAACGAUGCAGCAAUAUGGAACUGACUUCAAGACUUUCUUUUCAAAAUCGAAGUCGCAGCUAUUCCAGAGCCUCGUAUCCCUUAUUGACAUCGUGCCCAGUUUGACGAUGGGCCAGCAACAGGCAGUUGAACAUAACCAGGCGCAUCUGGAUAACCGGCGGUACCAACAAUACAACAUUGCCAAGCGGUUCACGCGGGCAGACGGCGGGGAGCUGCUGUACAUCGGGCGGGAGAGCAUCAUGCCUGGACAGUCCGCCUGGCCGCUGCCCCACGACGCCCCCUACACCGCCCUUAUCGACCGUCAUCUCAUGGCCGUAAUAGAGGCCGGUCUGUAUGAGAAGUGGGCCUCCGACAUCCUCUUUCAAGUGAAGGUGGAGAAUCGCUACCUUCGACUGCAGCAGCAAGAGGAAGAAGGGGCGAGAGCACGGUCACGGGAGAGUAGCUCGUCGUUGAGCCUUAUCCAAAUGCAAGGCGCCUUCAUGCUGCUCAUGCUGGGCCUCGCCUUAGCUGGCCUGGUGUUUGCCGGGGAGCUCGCCGCCAGAAAAUUAUUGCCCAGUGAACAACUCUUUAUCAAUUAAGACCUUGGAGGCUCAUGUACUAGUGGUAAAAGAAACUCAUGUCACAGAAUAAUGUACGCGUAGGCAUGAACAUAUGCGCGUAAGUACACAAAGGUAAACACACAUACAUACAC